AUGGCAGACAAUGAGCCAACCCCCCAAGAAGCAGCCGCAGCACGCGCAACAGAAGCCGCAGAACAAGCUGCCCUGCCCUACAAAUGGACCCAAACCAUUUCCGACCUAGACAUUACCAUCGAGAUCCCCGGAAACCUCAAGGCUAAAGAUCUAAUCGUUGAUAUCAAACGCCAAUCACUAAAAGUAUCCAUCAAGGGCCAAACUCCUCUGAUCGACGAUGCGCUCCCUCACACCAUCCUCCUUGACGACAGUACCUGGACCCUCACCAGUCUUCCUUCGGGCAGCAAAGCCCUUGAAAUCCACCUUGAUAAAGUAAAUAAGAUGGAAUGGUGGGCGCAUGUUGCUGUUUCCGCACCGAAAAUAGAUGUUACGAAAAUCACGCCCGAAAAUAGUAAAUUGGGGGAUUUGGAUGGAGAGACGAGGGGAAUGGUGGAGAAGAUGAUGUGGGAACAGAAGGAUAAGGAGAUGAAUGGGGGGAUUAGUAGUGAGGAGAGGAAGAAGAAAGAUAUCUUGGAGAAGUUUCAGAAGGAGCAUCCGGAGUUGGAUUUCUCGAAGGCGCAAAUGAGUUGA